ACUUCUCCUCCGGUCCAUCAGGAGGCGACAGCCCGCCAACAGUCGCGUCUCUGCCCGAAGAAAAACGACUGUAGAAAAAAAACAUGGCGGCGUCGUUGGUGCGGUUUGUCCGCGGAGGUCUUGGAAGGAGUUAUAACCUUGCAAGGAGUUCGUGUCUCCUCCAGCAGCAGACCAGGCUGCAGAGCGCCACCACCGAGACCAGCCCCACCAUCCGGCCCAAGGAUGCUGUCACUCAGAGCCAGCUGGCAGCAUUCGGGGAGUACGUGGCUGAGAUGAUGCCCAAAUAUAUCCAGCAGGUCCAGGUGACCUGUUAUAACGAGCUGGAGGUGAUGAUCCAUCCUGACGGAGUGAUCCCUGUCCUGACCUUCCUGAGGGAUCACACCAACGGCCAGUUCAGGAACAUGAUUGAUCUGACAGCUGUGGACGUCCCGACACGGCCGAACCGCUUUGAGGUUGUGUACUCACCUGCUGUCGCGGCUUACCCUCGUCUCCGCCUUAAGACGUACACAGAUGAGUUAACACCGGUGGACUCUGCAGUCCCGGUCCACAUGGCCGCCAACUGGUACGAGAGGGAGGUAUGGGACAUGUUUGGCGUGUACUUUGCCAACCACCCAGACCUGAGGCGUAUUCUGACAGACUACGGCUUCGAGGGUCACCCCUUCAGGAAGGACUUCCCUCUCUCAGGAUACGUAGAGGUGCGUUAUGAUGAUGAGGUGAAGCGUGUCGUGGCGGAGCCUGUGGAGCUGUCGCAGGAGUUCAGGAAGUUUGACCUGAACACGCCCUGGGAGGUGUUCCCCGCCUACCGAGAGCCCAAAGAGGCCGCACCCAAACUGGAGGCUGGAGACGCCGCCCCUGAGAAGAAAUGACGUCCCUCUGUAUCAUCACCAUGUUCUGUCUGUUAGUGUCGUUUUGGAACUCCUAGCAUCCUGAACAAAACCCACUUAGAAUAUUUAUGUAAAUAAAAAUACUAAUAAAACAAUCUUCAAAAGGA